AUGCAACGUCUGGGUUUACUUCUCCUGUUCUGUGGGGGCCUGGGGGCUGUGCUGGGAGACACGCCGGCCAACUGCACGUACGAGGACAUACGGGGAACCUGGAUCUUCCACGAGGGAGCCUCGGGUUACGAUGAAGCACCCGACUGCACGGGGUUCGACGUCAAGAAGACGCACACCGUGGAGCUGCUCUACCCAGACGUGGCUCAGGACGAGUUCGGGAAUCAGGGCUUCUGGACGCUCAUCUACAACCAGGGCUUCGAGGUGGUGGUCGGUACCCGCAAGUACUUUGCCUUCUCCAACUUUACCGUCGUCUCCAACACGAGUGUCGUCAGCCACUGCAGCUCCACUUUCAAUGGAUGGUCGCACGACCUCAUGAGUCGCAACUGGGGCUGCUACUUCGGGGUGAAAACGACUCUGUCGGUGGAUAAAGUCAGUGAGCACCCGAGGAAGUUUGACCUGCAGAGAAAGUACGUCGCGAACGAGGAGUUUGUGUCCAAGAUCAACAGCGUCCAGAGCCUGUGGGAGGCGACCCACUACCCCGAGAUGUACGGCUGGACUCUGGGAGACCUGCAGAGGAGAGCCGGAGGCAUCCCACAGACGGCGACCCCACGACCUCCGACUGCUCCCGUGUCGGAGGAGCUCCGACUGGCCGCCAGCCAACUCCCCGACUCCUUUGACUGGAGGGACCGUGACGGAGAGGACUUUGUCUCCCCCAUCAGGAACCAGGGCCAGUGUGGGAGCUGCUACGCCUUUGCCUCCAUGGCCAUGAUGGAGUCUCGGCUGCGUGUCCUCACCAACAACUCCCUGCAGGUGGUCCUCUCCCCACAGGACGUCGUCGGCUGCUCCGAGUACUCCCAGGGCUGCGAGGGGGGAUUCCCCUACCUCAUCGCCGGCAAGUACGCCCAGGACUUUGGAGCCGUGGAAGAGUCUUGUUUCCCUUACACUGGGAAAGACUCUGACUGCAUCUCCGAGACCAGUUGUACACGUUACUAUGGGACUGACUACUACUACAUCGGAGGGUACUAUGGAGCCUGCAACGAGCCUCAAAUGAGACUUGAAUUGGUCAAGAAUGGGCCCAUUGCCGUCAGUUUCGAAGUACUGAACGACUUUAUGCACUACAAGGGAGGGAUCUAUAGGCACACUGGGCUCACUGACGGGUUCAACCCCUGGGAGAUUACCAAUCACGUGGUGCUUGUGGUGGGGUAUGGAAGCGAGGGAGGGGUUCCCUUCUGGAUUGUCAAGAACAGCUGGGGAGAGGACUGGGGAGAAGAGGGUUAUUUCAGAAUAAUCCGAGGAGUGGACGAGGUGUCCAUUGAGAGUAUGGCAGUCGCUGCCACUCCACUCGUACCAUGACUCCCCUACUCGUGUAUAAACUGUUGACCAUUUGUACAAUACAUCAUUGCUGUGGUAGCUCAGUGACCCUUUUUAAAGAUGAUGUACACACAAUAAGUUUGCCCAGAAAUCUGGUAUUAUAGUAUAUAUAUAAAUUGACCAAGAAAGCAUUAUGAUGCCCUAACGUAUAAUAUAAUGUACACAAAAAUUUGUUCGGUCAAUGAAGCUGUGGUAUAUUACAAAUAUUUACACAGUAAACAACUAAAUAGCAGUUGAAAUAAGGUCAAAUGGUUCAUUCCUCCACAUCGUAAUCCCAGAUUGGGCCACACAUCACUUCCCCGUCUUCUGGAGGUCUAGAAGUGAGGGAGUUCAGCGGAGUCCAGAUCGCCCUUUUUGCGUGAACCUUCAACACCUCCAUGAGUUUCAUAGCCUCGUCCAUUUUCUCCGGAUGCCCGUCAAACGUGUCUUGCAAAACGCGCAGGAACGUUUUAUAGACGUUGUGGAAUGCUCUUGCUUGCGUGUGACACACGGUGCCUUUCUCAAUGUCAGAUAUUGCGAGAUUGUCCUUCAUGUUCCACACCCCGUUUGGGUUGUAAGGUAUUGGGUCUCCUGUAUACGCGUACCCCUCUCCGUCGGGCAAUCUUUCCAGUUUGUUUUCACAGAAAAUUUCCUCGAAACGGAAAAAGUGGGCAUACUGCUUGGUCGCUUCCGUACCCCACCACCAAGACGGCAUGAUUGGUAAUCACCCAGGGGUUGAACUUGUCGGUAAGCCCGGUGUGCCUAUAGAUUCCACCCUUGUAGUUCAAGAAGUCGUUCAAUACCUCAAAGCCAACUGCAACAGGUCCGUUGUUUACAAGCUCCAGUCGCAUAAGUGGCUCACUACAAGCCCCGUAGUAACCACCAACAUAGUAGUAAUUGGUGGCAUAAUAGCGCAUACAAUCCUUUUUCUCGUUGCAAGCCGAAUCGACUCCAAGGUAAGGGAAACAAGACUCUUCCACAGCUCCAAAGUCCUGGGCGUACUUGCCGGCGAUGAGGUAGGGGAAUCCCCCCUCGCAGCCCUGGGAGUACUCAGAGCAGCCGACGACGUCCUGUGGGGAGAGGACCACCUGCAGGGAGUUGUUGGUGAGGACACGCAGCCGAGACUCCAUCAUGGCCAUGGAGGCAAAGGCAUAGCAGCUCCCACACUGGCCCUGGUUCCUGAUGGGGGAGACAAAGUCCUCUCUGUCACGGUCCCUCCAGUCAAAGGAGUUGGGGAGUUGGCUGGCGGCCAGUCGGAGCUCCUCUGACACGGCAGCAGUCGGAGGUCGUGGGGUCGCCGUCUGUGGGAUGCCUCCGGCUCUCCUCUGCAGGUCUCCCAGAGUCCAGCCGUACAUCUCGGGGUAGUGGGUCGCCUCCCACAGGCUCUGGACGCUGUUGAUCUUGGACACAAACACCUCGUUCGGGACGUACUUUCUCUGCAGGUCCAACUUUUCUUCUAGCGGAAUGUAAACUUUCUUGCUGGAUACGGUGGUAAUUUUCUCGCCGAAGUAGCAGGCCCAGUUUCGAGACAUGAGGUCGUGGGACCAUCCAGGCGUCGUAGAGCUGCAGUGGUUGAUCACAGUCUUGUUGACACUGGUGUAGUUGGAGAAGGCAAAGUACUUGUGGGUACCGACCACCACCUCGAAGCCCUGGUUGUAGAUGAGCGUCCAGAAGCCCUGAUUCCCGAACUCGUCCUGAGCCACGUCUGGGUAGAGCAGCUCCACGCGAAUCGUCCUCUUUACGUCGAAAGGCUUGGAGCAGUCGACCGUGCUGUUGAAGCCUGUAGGGCCCAAGUAGAACAGCCACGUCCCCCGCGCGUCUUCGUACGUGCAGUUGGCUGGCGUGUCGCCAUGAACAGUGGCCAGACUAACGACAGCGGAGAAGAGAAACACUGUUCGACUCAGGGAAAGAGCCAUUAGCUGCUGAGCUUCGUGCGCACUACCUGCAAA